AUGAUACUAAGCAGCGAGAAAUUAUGGGAAUCUGUCACUGGAGGCGUAGUAUUGAAAUGUAACGCCAAACUCGUCGCGAAAAUCAUACGCGUGAAUGAUGAUUAUACGGAAUACACAACCCUCCAAUACCUCGCCACGCACGCUGCUGAUCUACCGGUUCCAAAACCACAUGGGCUUGUCAGAUUUGGUAGUGCGAGGAUUAUGUUCAUGACUUAUUUUCCAAACAUGACUCUGGAGGCCGCUUGGUCGGGUCUGACGAUCGAGAAUAAAGUCGGGAUUCAAGUGCAGCUUGAUGGUAUUUUUACUAAGUUGAGGACUUUAAAGGGCGAGGGGAGGUUUGGUGGGGUGAAUGGUGAAGGCGUUAGAGAUGAUCAUCGUGAAGAUCACACUAGUCAAGCAAUCAUCACCACGAUAGCUGAAUUCGAGGAUUUUCAAUUCUCGAUUCCACCGUAUAGUCGUAUGCCAUGGAUUAUGUUUCUGCGGAGUUUGCUCCCAUCCGCCUCUUCAGGAACGGUGUUCACGCAUGGUGAUGUGCGGACGGCGAAUAUCAUGGUGGAUAGAGAUGAGAGCGGGGAUUACUUCGUUACCGGAGUGAUUGACUGGGAAACUAGUGAAUUCUAUCCAGAGUAUUUCGAGUCUUCGAAGAUUCUGUAUUUGUUCAAUGUCCAUGAUCAGUCGGACUGGUGGAGGUAUAUUCCGGAGUGCAUUGCUCCGGCAAAACAUCCGGAGAGAUGGCUUGUUGGGAGGUUAUGGAAUCAGUGCGUUACGCGAGAUUGA